AUGCCGUCCUCCAUCUCAUCGACUUCCACAGUCGGGGUAAACGACUUUCUCGAAUCCAAGGAAGACCUCGUCUUCUACCCCGACGAAGGCAAAACCUCGACCGAAUCAACAAGAGACAAGAACACCUCGCUCCGGAUCAUCGACGUCGAAGCAGGUGAAAAGACUGCCCCUGCUCCCGCAGACGAUUACCCCGAUGGAGGACUGGAAGCCUGGCUCGCUGUGCUGGGGGGAUGGUGUGCCAUGUUUUGCACUUUUGGAAUGAUUAACUGCGUGGGUGUCUUUGAGCAGUAUUAUGUGAAUGGGCCGUUGAAGCAGUAUGAUGAGAGUGCCGUGAGCUGGAUUCCCUCGGUGCUCGUCUUUUUGAUGAUCUUUUGCGGUUCAAUCUUUGGCCUCUUAUACGACAACUACGGACCGCGCUGGCUCCUCAUCGGAGGCUCCAUCACCUACAUCUUCGGCCUCACAAUGAUCUCCCUUUCCAGGGAAUACUACCAAUUCUUCCUCGCCCAGUCCAUCCUCUCGUCCAUUGGCUCCAGCGCCGUCUUCAACGCCUGCAUGUCCUCCAUCGUCAGCUGGUUCCUCAAGAACCGCGCCGCCGCGUACGGCAUCAUGACCUCGGGCUCCUCCGUCGGGGGCGUCGUCCUGCCCAUCAUGAUGAACAAGCUGAUUCUCAGAAUCGGGUUCCCCUGGAUGAUGCGCACCGUGGCGCUGAUCUUUUCCGUGCUCUUGGCCGUAUCGUGUUUGACGGUCAAGUCGAGGCUGCCGCCGCGUCCGCGCAGGUUCGUGCUCGGGGAGUAUGUGAACAAUCUCAAGGACGGCCGGUUGAUGGCUACCGCCGUUGCGGCGUUCUUCUUCGUCAUGGGCAUGUUUCUGCCCUUCAACUAUGUGGUCCUCCAGGCUCAACAGGCGGGCUUCUCGCCGGCUCUGAUGCCGUACCUGCUGCCCGUCCUCAACGCCGCAGGGACCCUGGGACGCAUCGUGCCGGGCCUUGCAGCGGAUAGGAUCGGCAGGUUCAACGUCGUGGUUAUUAUUACUUUCUUAUCAUCAGUCUUCUGCUUGGCCGUCUGGCUUCCCGUGAAGAACAUGGCGGGCAUCAUCAGCUUCGUCGCCCUAUUUGGCUUCUCCUCCGGGGGCGUCAUAUCUCUCGGGCCGACGCUCGUUGCCCAGAUCUCGGAUAUGAGCCAGAUUGGCACGAGAGUUGGGACGGUGUUUGCGUUGCAGUCGUUUGGGGCACUGGUAGGCAGUCCGAUUGGCGGUGCCAUUGUGGCUGCUCAGCGUGGUGAGUAUGUGGGUUUGCAGGUGUUUUGCGGUUGUGCCAUGAUGAUGGGAUGCUUGACGUUUCUGCUGGCGAGGGCCAUGCAGGCUGGCUUGAGAUUGGUCAAGGUUUGA